AGCAGUAUAUUGUUAUACUAUUGAUGUGAAAUAGUUUAUUUUGAAAUUCUUCACUCAUGGAUACACGCGAAAGACUUCUUCGUGAACUGCAAGUAAAAUUACACGAACUUAGAAGAAUAGCGAAAGAUGUUGUUCAGAGUUUAAAAGAUGUCGCCAAAGAGUUUCAGAACCAUUUUAAAAACUGCCACAUUGCGACAAUGGCUGGAUCGUGUGCUGGAGUCGUAGGUGGGGUGAUGGCUGCAGUGGGCAUGGGAAUGGCUCUUUUCACGGGUGGCGCAUCAUUGGGACUAACAGCUGCUGGAAUAGCCAUUGGUUCAACUGGCGGCGCUGUUACAGUGGGUACCUCGAUUGUAGAAAGUUUCUUACGAAGCGAAUCAUACAAUAAGGCAGAGAAGCACCUGAAAGACUUUGAAAAAACGCGCAGCGAUAUCUUGUCAAUCUGCGAUCAUCUUAUUGAUACAUUGGGGAAGGAAGGACUGGAGGAAAAAUUUCUGUUGUUGGCAACAUUUCUGACACGUCUAGUAGGAGGAAAAGCAGGCAUUAGCAUCGCGGAUGCUUGUGAGUUGAUACAUAAUACUGCAUCUUUAAUUCAACAAGGUGGAGAACCAGCUGUUAAAUUUGCAUUGGAAUCCGCUGGGGCGGCGGGAAGAGUAACUUCAGCUGUGGUGGCGAGGAUCGCAGCCUCGACUUCUAAAGUAAUCCACGUGGCGGGUGGAGUGGUCGGGAUAGCACUGAUUCCUAUCGAUAUCGCGUUCCUUAUAAAUUCAGUGAUGUCCGUUUCCUCAAACAAACAGUCAGAAACAGCUAAAAAAAUUACUGAAAUGGCAGAAAAGUUGCUCGAAAUGUCUCCAAGUGAAAGAGAAAUCGAUGAUAUGAUAAAUGAUACUAUUGAAAGCUUCCUUAUCAGGUUGUAAAUUUUAGGUAAAAAAUCAACACUCAUAAAACCUAAUAUAACAACUUUAUUUGUGUAGGUAAAACAUAUAUGAUAAUUCCAAAUUGCAGUGUUUUUCUGGAUUAAUCAUUCGUCUUAUGUUCAGUUCAUAAGUUAUAUGUUUCAAUAUGAUAUAUUGUAUUGUCGGAUAUUGGACGAGUAGAUAUGGACAUCGACAAUACCGUUAUGCCCUGUUAAAAUUGCGAUUCUCUACCAUGUUAUGUUUCUGCACGAUAUCUUGACUGUCAAGACUUCAUCUGAACUAUAGUUUGUGGAAGUUUGAAAAUUAUCGAGUGGGCCAGAUGUUGGUGUUUUUGUUAUUCACGUUGUAAGGAUUUAUGAUGCUUAUGUUUUUCUUUUUUGAUUAUUGUUCUUUGCUUUAAUUUUUGCGUUGAUCUUGUACUGCCUUUUUUAAGUUGUUAUCUGUAUUGUUAUUAAUCAUGUUGUUAUUAGUUGUUUGGUGGUUCGUAGUGUUGUUGUUGUAAGUGGUAUUGUGAUUUAUUGACAAAUAUUCAAACUUUGCCGAACAAAAAUGAAUACGUACGGAAAAAUCGAGCUAUUCAUGGUCUUUAAAUUUGCUAAAUCUUCUUAAACCAUAUACAUUACAGUUAUAAUCUUUGUUUAAAUAAGUUUAGCUGUCGCAUACAAAUGCGCAUUUUGGCGUAAGAUCGGGUGUAAUUGUCAUAAUCAGGGUUUUCCUACGAACA